CUUUCAGUCGUCUGGCUGUAGACGACUUACCUGGAAGUCGUCUGGUCAACGCAGAGGUUAUUUUUGCAAUUGACUUUGAAAUCUGUAACCUGAGACGACUGAAAGUUAAGUCGUCUACUAUUGUUUGGUUUCAAAAAAAAUUCCAAAGAACCUAGACGACUUACAUUUCAGUCGUCAUAGGUUAGCACUACAAGAAAAUAGCUCUAUUGCAAUAGAAAAAUUGCGACGUCCAUUUUCGUUGAUAAUUUGUUAUGAUUAUUGCAAUAUUUUUGCAAUAAUAAAUAUUUGUUGCAGUUUCAUUACAAAUUUAUUGCAAAAUAACAACUAUAACAGACAUUGCAUAUUUUUGUUACUAAAUUGCAACCUUUUGCAACAUAAACAAAUAUCUUGCAAAUUUUGCAAGAAACAUUCAACGUUUUGAAUCAUUGCUAAUUUGCAAAAUGAAAAUAUAUGAAAAAUACGUGACAAAAUAUGUGACAGUGAUCAUAUUUUUUAUUAUAUGUUUUUAUAGAGAAGAUUAAUAGUUUUCGUAUAUUAAAUAUAAAACUAUAUAAUAUAUAUUUAUAUUGUAUAUUUAAACAUGUAGACUAUAUUUUUUAAGUUUCAAAUGCUUGAGAUUUUGCUAAUAUUUUAUUUUACGAUUUUUUUUUUGUUUUCAUCUAAUAUGGUAUAAUUUACUUAUUCCUAUUCAAAAUAAAAAAAAUUAGAUAAAAAAAUUAUUUACAUAUUUUUUGGAAGAUAGUUAUAAAUUAAAUAUACUAUAUACAUAACAUCUUUAUCUCUUUUUUUUUCUUUUAACUCAAGUUAAGAUACGUCCAAGAUCGUCAGCGAAAAAAAAAAGAAUAAGAAAACAAAUAAACUAGACACGUACCUUCUUCCAAAUCUUUAAGCAAAAAAACUUCUUAUCUCCGUCUCCACUUUUUGUCUCAAACCAGAAAACUUAACGAACCCUUUUUCAUGAAACAAAGCAUAUCACAGCAGCACAACAGAGACGUUAGACUUCCUGUCUUAAUCUCUCUCUAAAUCUUCUGUUUAACUCCCAUACAAUUUGUUGCUCUUUCUUCCUUGAUUGAACGGCUCUGAACACUGACUUACGUCUACUUGUCAUACGAUUCUGCUCACACUCGGUAUGAUGAAUCUGAUAUAUGUGUUUCUUAAUUUAUGCUAUUCAACUAGAGUCUCAGAAGUCUAAAUCUAGACAACUUUGAAAGGCUCGAAAAACUUACGUCUACUUGUUGACUACGUGAUAUAGGUGCCAUUCGGGAGUCUGCUGAUACCUAAUAAAUUAUUAAAAAGCAAAAUUGAGGUAAUUAUUUGUUUGACAUUCCUGGUAUAUGUACUUAUGCAUUGAGUUAAUGAUUUAUUCAAGUUCUAGAUUGUUUGGUUGCAGAUUUUUUGAAUUUCUAAAUGUCUUCGAGUAAUGCUAAUCAUGCUAUGAGGCAAUGGAUGUAUGCAAGAAUUGAUCCCAAUACCAAUCAGGUCUCUAAUGCAUUUACAGAAGGAUUGAAAUAUUUCAUGGUUGUUGCCAAAAACCAUGUUUUAUUUACUCAAAAGCAGAAAAUAUUUUGCCCGUGUAUUAAGUGUGAGAAUAGAAAAUUUCUUGAUGAGGAAACAGUCACUGGCCAUUUAUAUAACAGAGGAUUUAUGGCCAAUUAUCUUGUUUGGGUUGCACAUGGAGAAGUGUAUGAGGUUGACAAUAACUCACGACAUGCUCAGGAAAAUACAAACACGCCCAUAGAUGUUUCCAUGCAAGCUCCAAACUCUUAUGUUGAGAUGAUAAGUGAUGCCUUUAAUGAGCAUACAUCCUCUCAUGAAAGCAUUGAAGAAGAUCCCAACGAAGAAGCCAAAAGAUUUUUCAGUCUGUUAAAUGCAAGCCAAAAUCCAAUAUAUGAUGGAUGUCGAGAAGGACACUCACAAUUGUCAUUGGCGGCUCGAUGUAUGACACUGAAAACAGACUAUAACUUGUCUGAGAAGUGCAUGGAUUAUAUUGCUGAAAUGUUGAAAGACUACAUGCCUGCAGAUAACAAUGCCACUGCUUCAUACUAUGACACAAAGAAACUGAUGCGGUCUUUGGGGCUGCCUUACAAAAAGAUAGAUGUGUGUCAGAAUAAUUGUAUGAUCUUCUGGAAAACCGACGCAGACCUAGAAAGCUGUAAAUUCUGUGGAGCUGCGAGAUUCAAAAGUACAAAAAAACCUGGAAGAAAACAAGUUCCUUUUCGACAAAUGUUUUAUCUGCCAGUAGCUGAUAGACUGAAAAGAUUAUAUCAGUCAAAGAAGACAGCUUCACAUAUGAGGUGGCACAAAGAACAUUAUUCAACUCAGGACAGUAAUGUAAUGAGUCAUCCAUCAGAUGGUGAAGCAUGGAAACACUUUAACCAGGUAUAUCCUGAUUUUGCCAAUGAAUCUAGAAAUGUCUAUCUUGGUUUGUGCACAGAUGGAUUUAAUCCUUUUGGUAUGUCUGGUCAAAAUUAUUCGUUGUGGCCGGUGAUUCUUACUCCAUAUAAUCUACCACCUGACAUGUGUAUGAAACGUGAGUUUAUGUUUCUCACAAUAUUAAUCCCUGGUCCAAACCAUCCAAAAAGGAGUUUAGAUGUGUUUUUACAGCCUCUCAUAGAGGAGCUUAAUGGUUUAUGGACUGAUGGAGUUGAGUCAUAUGAUGUAUCACUAAAGCAGAACUUUACAUUACGAGCUAUGCUUUUAUGGACGAUCAGUGAUUUUCCCGCUUAUGCUAUGUUAUCUGGAUGGACAACUCAUGGUCGUUUAGCAUGUCCUUAUUGUAUGGGUGAUACUGAAGCUUUUUGGCUGAAGCAUGGAAGGAAAACAUGUUGGUUUGAUUGUCACCGUCGUUUUCUUCCAAAAGAUCAUCCUCUACGCCGUUACAAGAAAAACUUCAAAAAAAAUAAAGUAGUUGAUUCUGAUCCACCAACGAUAUAUUCAGGCGAAGAUUUAUGGAGUGAUCAUGUGAUGGGUUUACCAAAGACUGUUAACUGUGGAGGAGAAGGACAUCCAAAAAUAUCGGGAUACGGUGAGAAACAUAAUUGGCAUAAGCAGAGUAUAUUUUGGGAGUUACCUUAUUGGAAACAUCUUCUUCUUCGUCAUAAUCUUGAUGUGAUGCAUAUAGAGAAGAAUUUUUUUGAUAAUAUCAUCAAUACAUUGCUGAAUGUUCAAGGGAAAACAAAAGACAAUGUUAAAUCCCGUCUUGAUUUGGCUGAUAUUUGCAAUCGGAAAGACCUGCAUAUGACUAGUGACGGAAAAGCUCCAGUUCCAUUAUUUAGAUUAUCUCCUCAAUCCAAGACAUGUCUAUUUAAUUGGUUGAAAAAGGAAGUUAAAUUUUCUGAUGGUUAUUCAUCAAAUCUAUCUUCUUCGGUUGAUUUUAAUGGAGGAAAGCUUUCUGGUAUGAAGAGUCAUGAUUGUCAUGUUUUUAUGCAAAGAUUACUUCCAAUAGCUUUUGCGGAGUUAUUACCUAGCAACAUCCAUCAAGCAUUAUCGGGUAUUUAUUCUAUAUACAUAUAAUUCUUCUUACAUAAGUGAUGAAUACAAAUAUUGAUAAUUAUUUUCUUACAGGUAUAAGUUUAUUCUUUCGUGAUCUAUGUGCACGGACCUUGGACAAAGAUUCUGUGGAGAUAUUAACUAGCAAUAUCGCUAUUAUCUUGUGUAACUUGGAAAAAAUAUUUCCACCAUCUUUUUUUGAUGUGAUGGAGCAUUUGAGCGUUCAUCUCCCUUACGAGGCAAAACUAGGUGGUCCAGUCCAAUUUCGAUGGAUGUAUGCGUUUGAACGAUAUAUGUAUCAUUUGAAGAAGAAGGCAAAAAAUAAUUUCAGAAGUUUGACUUCCCCAGACGACUUACAUUUCAGUCGUCUGGCGAAAAUUAAAAUAAUAAUAUUUUUUUUAAAGUAAACGACUUACAAUUAAGUAGUCAUAGGUUAGUUUUGCAAUUGAA